AUGAAAAAAACAUAUCGUGAUAUGAAAAAAAUCUUAUAUCGCCCAGCUCUAUGUAGCACCAUGUUCUUGGAGGAACGAAGUCUCGUUUCACUGUGUACUGUACCACUACACAUGGUUUGAAUGACAAUAAAGCCACUUGAUCUUGAUUAGCAUGUAGUGUAAUGUCUCAAUAUACUGUGAAAUUAAAAACAAGUAUAUAUCUUAUAAAAAGAAUGAUAGAAAAUUGAAUUACAAAAUUUUCUCUAAUUCUCCAAGCAAACACACAAUAAUGUUUGAAUUUUUGUUUCAGUGCUUCUGCAGGUGUGUUGCACUUGCUAAUUUGUGUUGCUUUUGUCCAGAUGAACCCAAAGCAGAUGCAGCAUCUCUGUACAUGUUGGGUUGUGGGGAUGUGAUGCUGUAUGAGGUCAAAGCAUUUGAGGAUGAUUUCCACUCUUGGUUUGUUGGCCAGGCUGUGCAGAGAGAUGGGAGACUGAUCUUUGUAACACCUUUGGAUCCUCUCUUUCUUAUUUUGCCAUAUUUGAUCAAAUCUGGCAAAGAGGGAAAGUUCCAGCGUGUGGAUCAAGUUGUUAAAGAUGAGGAAUUCCCAGCUUGCUCGAGGCUGCUUAGCUGCGCUCGUACCCUGGCCUCCUUGCACCACAUCGCUGAGGAAAAAGAGGCGGGAAGCCAGAUGUAUCAUCGAUACAGUCAAGAGAAAACCAUGAACUGGUUAAAGAAAAAGGUGGAGAGGAUGGUUAUUGCCCUAAAGAAAAGAAAUAUCUCUGUGGGAGAAGGAGUGAAAUCCUCAACAUAUGUCAGAGUAAAGUCAGAGACAGAAAACCAAGAGGAGGACUUCCUACGGUAUUCCCACGGCCUGAUAUCAGAGUAUAUCAGUGAAGACCUGAGCAAAGCCCUCCUCACACUCUUGGGGUUACCAGAGCUCACAAGCCCAAAGGAGACCGAGCCUCCUUCUAAGAAGCGGAAACUUUCAGACAAGCCGGUGGAGGCUGGAGAAGACUACACCAAAUUCAACAGUGCAGACUUUGCGCGCAAACCGCCCAAGAAGAUGACGGCAGCUCAGAAAAGUCUAGCUAAGGUGGACAAGACAGGCAUGAAGCCAAUGUCGUCCUUUUUCAGCCCCAAGGUCAAAGCAGAAAAGAAAUGAAUGCUGUUUGUGUUUGAUUUGUGUAUGACAUUUCUAAUAAAGAAAAAAAGUAUUUGAAAGUACUUUCUUUU